UCCGGCGAAGUCUUUUAUCUUUAUUUUACCGUUCUCAAAGUCAUAUUUGCAUGGUCGAGUUUGAGAACCUAAAUUUGUUGCAACUUUUUCAGGUCAGGGGUUUUUGUAUGCGACCUUUAUAAAUAGCUAUAGAGAAAAAUAAGCAAAAAGUCGAUGCUGGUUUCUCAGUUGACUAGCUACAGAGUUAACGUUACACGUUUCGAGUUGCUAGCCACAGAUUCAGUUAAGAGCAAUAUAUCUUCAGGGUCACAGUGUCAAGCAUUAACGUUAGCUACAAUGUAUCACAUUAUGCCUGUAGGUCUGUAGGUCCCGCACUCUGCUUCACUUAUCCAAACUCAAGUAGCUAAACUACAGCACAGUUUGAGAGAUGGCGGCUCCCAGAAAGAUAGCGUUGUUUCGCCUGCCUUCCCUGCCCACCAUUGGGGAGGUAAUCAAGCUGUACAAACUGCGAGCAGAGAAACAGCUGUCCCAGAACGUUCUGCUGGACAUGAGGCUCACAGAUAAGAUUCUAUGCCAGGCAGGCAGUCUGAGGGACGCCCAUGUGUGUGAGGUGGGUCCAGGACCUGGAGGGCUGACCCACUCCAUCCUCAAUGCUGGGGCUGCAGACCUGUUGGUGGUGGAGAAGGACAACCGCUUCAUACACGGCCUAAACCUUUUGUCUGAAGCAGCACCAAGGAAACUCAGGGUUGUCCAUGGUGACAUACUCACGUCCAGAAUGGACCGAGGAUUCCCAAAAGUCAUAACCAAGGCAUGGGAGGAUGAUCUACCGGACCUGCAUAUCAUUGGGAACCUUCCCUUCAGUGUGCCCACUCCUCUCAUCAUCAAGUGGCUGGAGAACAUAUCCAACAGAAUUGGACACUUUGUUUACGGCCGGACCAGACUGACCCUUACCUUUCAGAAGGAGGUGGCAGAGAGGUUGACAGCCAGCACAGCCAGCAGGCAGAGGAGUCGUCUGUCCAUCAUGGCCCAGUACCUCUGUGCUGUCAAGAGCUUCUUCACCAUCCCAGGACGGGCCUUCAUCCCCAAACUUGAGAAUGCUAUUCCCGGAGACAGAGGCUGGAGCUGGCGGAGGUGAUGAUGCAUGAGGCAGACGUGGACCCCACCCUGCGCCCCACGGAGCUCUCCAUCCCUGACAGAGGACUGGCGGACACCUACAGCUGCCUCUGCUCUGAGAACCAGGGCCUCCUCACCUACGACUUCAGACUCAAACACAUUAACAGGCGAUCAGGCAGCAGCACUCAGCAGCCCCUGACAGAGAGAGGACAGAGGGGAAGGAGUGCCUAAUGGUCUCUGUUAGAGACGAGACAACGGACUGCUCUUAGCUCUAACCUUUCUACCAGGCACAUGCAUGCAUUUUUAAACACCAUUUCUCUGGUGUCCCGGAGGUGCUUGGUGAGACACAGGGAAUCUCUGGUGUCCCGGAGGUGCUUGGUGAGACACAGGGAAUCUCUGGUGUCCCGGAGGUGCUUGGUGAGACACAGGGAAUCUCUAACACACAGAUCAGACUAAAGCACAGGCAGUCCAGUUAUAAAGGAAGAAUAGUGUGUGAAAUGACCAGCAGGAGAGUUAAGUGGUGAGAAGAGUUUGUAAUGCUCAACCCAUCAUGUCCUGGUUCUUACUUCUGAUCCUGAUUUCCCCAUAUGACUUUGUCCUCUGGGAAAUGAGUCCGGAAACUUUUUCAGGACAAUUUGGAGAAUAAGAGAAUGUUGACGGUAUUCAGGCCAUGAGGACUGAGUGUUUUGUUAAAUAAAGUGCUGGCCAUCUGUUUUGAAAGUGAUGAUGGAACAAUG